CUCGUUUAUAUGUGCGGAAAAAGUUGUUAACGUUGAAAUAUAAACAAGGUAUCGAUUUACAAAAAUUUUUCGUUGAAUUCGAUUCUUUAAUCCGAGAGCUUGAAUCGACUGGAACUACAAUCGAAGAAGAUGACAAGGUAUGUCACCUUUUGUUGACAAUGACAGAUACGUUUGACACUGUUAUUACUGUCCUAGAAACUUCAAAUGAUAAACUAUCUGUUGAUUUCGUUAAAGCAAAAUUAUUAGAUGCAGAAUUGAAGCUGAAAAAUAAUGUACAAGAAAGUGAAGAAUCCUCUUUUUAUGCGAAGCAAUACAAUAAAAAACCCCGAUGCUCAUUUUGUGGACUUGAAGGCCAUCUAGUGUCCAAUUGUUUCAGAAAAAACAAUAAUAAUUAUAGAGGUAACAAUAAUCGAGGGAGAUUUUUUCGAGGAAAUAACUAUUCCCGUGGCAGAAGAGCCAAUAAUGAUACACAAGGUAAACAGAAUAUCCAUGUAGCCGAAGACGAAGUAAGUUUUAUCACAGCCCUACCAGCUGAAAAUCUCAAGAAUGAUGACAGCCAAAUUUCGUUUAUAAUAGAUUCUGGAGCAUCACAGAAUAUGUGCAGCAAUAAAUAUAAACAAUUUAUAAGUAAUAUUAUUGAAAUUGAGCCUGUUGGCAUUAAAAUAGCAGAUGGAAGAGUGAUGACGGCUCCUACAAAAGGAGCCUGCCAUCUUUGCAGCAAAAUAUUUAAAAAUGUGGAAUUACGAAAUCGUCAUAUCAAAAGAAUACACAAAACAGAUGUUCCGCCUAGGACUAACAACAAAAUGAAUCAAAAUCACAUUAUUUGUCCGUUAUGUGAUCAAGAAACUAAUUUUGAAAGUCAUGAGAAAUUACGAAAACAUCUCCAGGACUGCCACCAGGUGAGUAUUGAACUAAUAACUUUUGAAUUUUCUAGCAAACAAGAAUAUGAGACAUGGAAAGAUAUGCAGAAAAUUGAGACAAGUUAUGCAUGUAGUAAAACAAAGCGUGGAAAGGAACAUAAGAUAAUGUACUAUGAUUGCAAUAGAAGUGACUUACAUGGAUAUAAGCCCAACUAUAAAAUUAGGACAGAGAAAGCUGGUGGAUCAAUUAGAAUAAAAGGAGUGUGCCCUUCCAGACUGGCUUGCAAACUGAGAGACCAAGGACAAGUUUCUGUCAGUUAUUGGAAAACGCAUGUUGGACAUAAAGAAGAAUUAAGAACAAUGCAUCUGUCAAAAGCAGAAGAAAAAACGGUUGUAGAAAAAUUAAUGGCUGGGGUGCCACCCACUAGAAUUUUAAAAGAUUCAAGAAAAUUGGAAGUACCACAAUUAGAUAGACUUGCUGUAAUAACAAGUCAGGAUCUCAGAAAUUUGACCAAAAAGUAUAAUAUACACAAGAAACGAGAUCAAAAUGAUAUGAUAGCAGCAGCCCUAAAGGUUCAGGAAUGGAAUGCUAACAACAAGAAUUAUGCUUUCUUAUUCAAGAAGGAAGGAGAAGAUCAUGAUAUAUUGAGAAAAGAAGAUUUUGCGGUAGGGUUUAUGAAUGCGGUGAUGGAAGAGAAACUACUAGAAUUCCCGAACAUAAUUUGUGUCGAUGGGACACAUGGGACAAAUAAAAAAGGACUGGAUUUGACGAUUUUGCUGGUGAAAGACGAUAGAAAUGCUGGAUUCCCUGUUGCGUUCCUUCUGUCAAAUAGAUUGGACCAACAAAUUCAAGAAGUUUUUUUAGAUGCCCUCAAGAAUAAGAUACAGACAGAAGUUAAUGCGGAAUAUUUCAUGAGUGAUUAUCCUAAAUAUUAUAAUGCAUGGAAGAAGAUAAUGAGACAAGAACCAAGGAGACUAUUAUGUACGUGGCAUGUGGUGAAGAACUGGAACAUUAGAGGAAAGAAAAAAUUACAGGAUCCAACUCUGAAGGCGCAAAUGAAAAAUGAACUCAGGCAGAUUAUUCGAGAACCAGAUGAAGAUAAAUUUAAAGAACUAUGUGACAAAUAUGUAUCCAAACUAGAAGAGGCAAAUGAGAUAGAAUUUGUCAGUUAUCUGAAAAAUCAUUACUUGGCUGAACACAGAAAAAAAUUGUGGCCCUAUUGUUACAGAAGAAAUGCCGGGAUUAAUACCAACAUGGCAAUUGAAUCACUCAACAAUCUACUAAAGACGAAUUACCUAAAGAGGAAUGCAGCAGUGGGGAUUGAGAAGCUACUGGAUACAAUGGAUGAGCUAGUUGAAGAAAAAAUGUGGACAAGGAUAGUGGAUAUAAUACGACCAAGCGCAAAUAAUUAUCAAGACAGGCUUUCAAUAAGAGCACACAAACGGGCAGCAUCGAUGAAAGGCAAACUAGAAGAACUGGUUAAGGAGACUGCAUAUGGCCAUUAUGAGGUAAAAUCCUUUAAAGGUAUGAAUAUAUUACGUUAUGUAAAUUUUAGAAAAGUGUGUGAGAGUGAGUGUAAGACAUUGUUUUGUAGAGUGUGUAAGAUUUGUAUUCACCGUUAUUGGUGUAGUUGUGAUGACUAUAUGGUGAGGAAUACCUUGUGUCAGCAUGUGCACUUGGUAAGAAUGUAUGAGGAGCGUUUGGGUAGUAACUCUGUUGUAGAUGAUGCUGCAAGGUGUUUAGGAGAAAUGUCAACUAUCAAAUCAAGGCAUGAGGAGGAAAUUAAUGAAUUUGUCAGAGGGAAGCUAGAACAGACAAAUGUGACCCAGGAAAAAACCAAAAGAAGUCUUCAACAGGAAUAUCUCAUUAAUGUGUUGAACGGAUUAGAUGACCAAGGUUUUACCGAAUAUAUAAGGAGGACUCAAGGAAUUCUGGAAGAAGUUAAUAAUAAGGCAAAGAACAUUACGAAGAAGCGAAAAAUGGAGACUCAGGAGUAUUUUCCUUCAAAAAAAAAAAGAACUGAUUAAACAUUUUUUAUUAACAAUUUUUGUAGCUCACAUGCAUUCUUAAUUUAUACCUGUAUUGAAUUUUUAUUAUAGUUUUAUAGACUUAUUUACAAGAUCAUUAGUUAAUUUAACAUUACAGAUUUUAAUUGAAUAGCAAUAAAUAUAGUGAAAUUUUAUAAGAUAUAUUAUGUUACUUAAGUUAGGUCUGAAUUUUAAAGCUAUGUUAAGUAAGAUGUAAUUUGAUAACUUUUAUAUGAGUUGUAUUUUUAAAUUGAGAUCUACUGGGCCGUAGGCGAGGUUUAGAGGGGUUUUACCUUCGCCAUUGCACCAAUAACGGCGCCCCCUCUCCCAAUUUUUAAUAAAGAAAUUUUAAACAGCUA